CCCCUCAAAUACAAUACUUUCUGCGAGAGAGAGAAGAGAGAGAGAGAGAAAGAAAGAAAGAUAAAAAGUGGGUUUCUGAGAGAGAGAGAGACAGAGAGAUGAGGGAGGUGUUGAGCAUUCACAUAGGACAAGCGGGGAUUCAGGUGGGGAAUUCAUGCUGGGAGCUGUAUUGCCUCGAACAUGGCAUUCUUCCCGAUGGCAUGAUGCCCAGUGACACCACCGUUGGUUAUGCACAUGAUGCCUUCAAUACCUUCUUCAGUGAAACCAAUGCUGGCAAGCAUGUGCCUAGGGCAAUAUUUGUUGAUCUGGAACCAACUGUGGUCGAUGAAGUUAGGACUGGGAAAUACAGACAACUUUUUCAUCCCGAGCAACUUAUUUCUGGAAAAGAGGAUGCCGCUAAUAACUUUGCCAGAGGACAUUAUACAGUGGGGAAGGACAUCAUUGAGAUAUGCCUUGAUCGAGUGAGAAAAUUAGCUGACAAUUGCACUGGCUUGCAAGGGUUUUUGGUUACUAACGCUGUUGGCGGUGGCACUGGUUCUGGAUUGGGGUCCUUGCUUUUGGAGCGCUUGUCUGUAGAAUAUGGCAAGAAGUCAAAACUUGGCUUCACAAUCUAUCCUUCUCCUCAGGUCUCGACUGCAGUUGUGGAGCCUUACAACAGUGUGUUGUCCACUCAUUCCCUCCUUGAACACACAGAUGUUGCUGUGCUCUUAGACAAUGAAGCUAUAUAUGAUAUCUGCAAGAGAUCCCUAGACAUUGAAAGGCCAACUUACACCAACUUAAAUCGCUUGAUAUCUCAGGUCAUCUCAUCGUUGACCACUUCCCUGAGGUUUGAUGGAGCCAUUAAUGUCGACAUUACAGAGUUCCAAACUAACCUUGUGCCAUACCCUCGUAUUCAUUUUAUGCUCUCUUCUUAUGCACCGGUGAUCUCUGCUGCAAAAGCUUACCAUGAGCAGCUAUCCGUUCCUGAAAUCACAAAUUCUGUGUUUGAGCCCUCAAACAUGAUGGCCAAAUGUGACCCGAGGCACGGAAAGUACAUGGCUUGUUGUUUGAUGUAUCGUGGAGAUGUAGUACCCAAGGAUGUCAAUGCUGCUGUUGGUACCAUUAAGACAAAACGAACUGUUCAGUUUGUCGACUGGUGCCCGACUGGUUUCAAGUGUGGCAUUAAUUAUCAGCCACCUACAGUGGUGCCAGGGGGUGAUCUUGCAAAGGUGCAGCGUGCGGUUUGCAUGAUAAGCAACAACACAUCAGUGGCAGAAGUUUUCUCCCGAAUUGACCACAAGUUUGAUCUGAUGUAUGCCAAGCGAGCAUUUGUGCACUGGUAUGUCGGCGAAGGCAUGGAGGAAGGUGAGUUCUCAGAAGCCCGUGAGGAUCUUGCUGCUCUUGAGAAGGACUACGAGGAAGUUGGGGCAGAAGGCGUUGAUGAUGAAGAUGAAGCAGAAGACUACUGAAUGUAAUUUUGUUGUUGAAAGAUGAAUGAUUUAUUAAUGCCUGCAUAUCUUUCUAUUGUUUGAUGCCAAACCUUUGGGCCUUUUUUCUUUCUUUUUGUGAUAAUGGUUCUCUUCUUGCAUUAAUGGUUUGAAUGACAUCUCUGUUUUCAUUUU